UCUCCUAAGCUCCGAGCAUAGAAUAUAUCCAAUCAGAAUUCAACAAGGACUAGUCCUUUGGAAAUAAUGCAGGAAAUUGUUCUAUUCGCACCUUAGGAGAUAUUAAUUCUCGCGAGGCAAGCGUCAUAAAGUACAGCUUGACAUAGGACACAUGAUGAAGGCAGCUGUGAGUUCCGACUUACCGGCGUUCUUUAGCAUAUCGACUCGAUGUAAAUAGCCUUCGAGUAAUCCGUAAUUGGUUUCCAUCCUUCAUUCGUACUUAAUAUCCAUUCAUAUCCAUUAGAAUUCCAACUUCAUAAAAGAUCGACUUACAUGAGCCACUAAGUUAGAUAAUUUAUGCGACAAGAUGAGUUCGACAGUUGUAUAUCCAAGGGACCCAGCUGCCACCAUGACCAACGUCCUCGCCUUAUAUCACACCCAUAAGCUUCUUUUCUUGGCAGGUCUUGUCGCCGUGGCAUGUUUAGUGGCAUGGCUUCGCCGGGAUAGACGUCUAGAAAAAAUGCCUGGGCCUAGAGGAAACCCGUUAAUUGGAAUCGGUACCAGCUUACCUCCAAAGGCGCAUAUCCGCUUUCGGGAAUGGUCCGCCAAGUAUGGCGAUGUUUUCAAGUUGAAGGUGGGCUGGUACAAUUGGGUGAUCAUCAACAGCCCAGAAGCGAUCCACGAAAUUCUGAUUAGACAGUCCUCAAGUACUUCGUCUAAAAUGCCUGCUCCUAUUGGACAUGAUGUAGUCGCCGGUGGGAUGCGGAUGUUUACCUUGCCGUACGGAAGCAAGUGGCGAGCUUUUCGCACCAUCUCGCACCAACUUCUCUCAAGUACAAUGACUGCCACAUUUAUCCCAUCUCAGGAAUAUGAGGCCAAGCAGCUACUCUUCGACUUGGCCACGGAUCAGAGCGACUUCCUCAUGCACGUACGCCGCUUCGCCUUCAGUAUCAUGCUUACUAGUACCUACGGAUUACGCGUAAAGACGUGGGAUGAUGAGGACGUACAUCAUGCCUUGGAGAGUGCCCGCAUCCUUGGCAAGAUAACGCAUGCGGGUGUGUUCAUCGUCGAUGAGCUGCCCAUCUUGGCGCAACUUCCUACGUGGCUACAACCGGGGAGAAAGCGUGCCGAGGGCUACGCAAAGCCGCUACUUGAUGCCAAGAUGAUACUCUGGCGAAGAUUACAAGAGCAGGUUGCUGCCGGAAAAGCACCGGUGUGUCACGCACGCGAGAUGAUGGAAAACGACGACUCGUGGCGGAAACAGGGGCUCACAGACGAAGAUGCGGCUUGGGUUGCCGGCGGUAACGUAGAGGCUGGAUCGACAACAACAUCAGUUACGCUGUUGAGCUUAUUAUUGCACCUCGCAGCAAGCCCCGACGUCCAAAAAACCGCCCACGAUGAGCUUAUGCGCGUCGUAGGACCUGACCGCACCCCCGUCUUCGAUGACGUAAAAGACCUUCCUUACAUCCGCGCCUGUGUUAAGGAGGUUCUGCGCAUGCAUCCCACGCCUUUCUGGGGAAUCAAGCAUUACGCUGAUGCCGACGUUACUUACAAGGAUUAUGUUAUUCCUAAAGGCACCAUACUACUGGCCAACACGAGCACCAUCCACUACGAUCCGUCUCGCUACGAAGACCCGUUCACGUUCCGCCCCGAGCGUUACCUCGGCCAUCCCAAAUACAGCGCUGACUACGCUAACCAAAGCGACCCGUACAAACGAGACCACUUCACCUUCGGCGUAGGACGACGCAUCUGCCCGGGAUCCCGGCUCGCCGAGAAUUCCCUAAACAUCGCGCUGGCAAAUAUCCUAUGGACGUUCGAAAUCCGCCCGCCCGUAGUCGACGGCGUUGAGGCUAAAAUGGACCUAAGCGACGACGCCUGGGAGAACACGAGUUUCCGCGGUCCGAAGCCCUUCAAGGCUCGGUUCGUGCCCCGUGCCGAAUAUAGAUCGGAGCUUGUCCAGGACCAGUGGCGCCAGGCUAUGAAGGAAGGAUAUGUGCUCAGGGGUAACAACGUUGAUGUUGAUAGCGUUGUGUCAUAUUAAUAGCGUAAUGAUGGGUUGUUGGGUUGUUGUUGGGUUGAUUGACGUUAAGUUUAAUAACUGGCAUAAUGUACCUACCUAGCAAAUGAUAAUUUGAAGAUAUUCAUGUAGUCAUUUUAUUUUCUAUUUCAUUGUUUUAAGUGUUCUUGUCGUGUAAGCAGGGGUGAAGACAGCCCCCGCACUAUAGCCAUAAUAUCAUCUAUAG